GCGAUUUGCAUUUCUAUUUCGGAGCCAGCCCUGCACGGGCGUAUCGUCUGCUCCAUCUCUGUAGUGUCGUCAGCUUGCUGUUUUUGUGAAGUUGCGACUGUUGCGACAUGAUUCGCCCGAAAUUUACGGAAAGCCUGGCAAGGUUGCGUUUUCUUGAUUUGGAGGUACCUCAUACUUCACUAUGCCGCUUUGCCCACACUCCAUCGACAUUACCAGAAAAAAUCAAACAGCGAAUUGCAGAGGGACCAGGGCUUGAUCAUUUCAUUUCGGAAUCAUUAGAAACGGUAAAUGAAACUGGUGAAGAUUAUCAAGGAAAGCUGCGACGUGCCAAGGGUGAUUCUGAGAGGUUACGAUUACCUCCAUGGCUUAAAACAAAAAUUCCUACAGGCACAAAUUUUAGUCGGAUAAAAGAUCAGUUACGAGGAUUAAACUUGCAUACCGUUUGUGAGGAAGCAAGAUGUCCAAAUAUAGGUGAAUGCUGGGGUGGAGGGAAACAUGGUACUGCAACAGCAACUAUAAUGUUACUUGGUGAUACUUGCACAAGAGGAUGUCGUUUCUGUUCUGUGAAAACUGCGCGUAAACCUCCACCCCCUGAUCCAAAAGAACCCAUUAACACUGCUGGUGCCAUAGCAUCUUGGGGGCUGGACUAUGUUGUUCUAACAUCAGUCGACAGAGAUGAUCUGGAGGACGGCGGAUCAAAUCAUUUUGCUGAAACUGUACAGGAAAUUAAAAGAUUAAAUCCUGAUAUUCUUGUUGAAUGCUUAGUACCUGACUUUAGAGGCAAUCAGGAUCAUGUGAAAACUAUUGCUUUGUCUGGUCUUGAUGUAUUUGCUCACAAUGUGGAAACUGUAGAAACUUUGACACCUUUUGUCAGGGAUCGAAGAGCACAUUACAGGCAAUCACUUGCAGUGCUGAAAGGUGCUAAAAAAGCCAAUCCCGAUCUCAUCACUAAGUCAUCCAUAAUGCUUGGCCUUGGGGAGACAGAUGAACAGGUUCAGCAAACAAUGAAAGAUUUAUUUGAUGCUGGAGUCGAUUGUGUAACAUUAGGCCAGUACAUGCAACCAACAAAACGCCAUUUGAUGGUUGUUGAGUAUGUAACUCCAGAGAAAUUCAAGCAUUGGGAAGAUGUUGGCAAAAACAUGGGUUUCCUUUACACUGCCAGUGGACCCCUUGUCCGAAGUUCAUACAAAGCAGGGGAGUUUUUCAUUUCUAGUGUACUCAAAAAGAAACGAGCUCUCAAGGAUUAGAACCUUGCACUACUCACUAAGUUUUUAAGAUUGUGCAUAACUUUGUUCAAAAUCUGGUCUUAUAGUAUCUCAGUGAAAAAAUUUGGUUUUUUAUAAAUUUGGAAUAGGUUAAAAUCAGGUCAUAAUAAUUUAUAAAAAUACGAGCUUGUAGCAAUUGUAUUAUUCAUCAGUUUACAAAAUAGAAGAUACAGUAUAUAAAA